AUGGCGGCCAUGGACUUUCACGGCUCCUACUCCGAGGCGCACCCGGCGGGAGAUUUUGGCGGAGACGUGCUGAGCCAGUUCGAGUUUAACUUCAACUACCUGGCGCGGCGCUGGUACGUGCCCGUGGAGGACCUGCUGGGCAUCUACAGGACGCUGUACGGCAGGGACGCCAUCCCCAAGCACGUCAUCGUCGAGUGCUCCUACCUCCAGUUCUUAGGGAUGUACGGCGAGGUGAUGGCCGUCUCCAAGCUCUACCCCACCUACGCCCGGAAGUCCCCGUUCCUGGUGGAACACUUCCAGGACUACUUCCUCGGCGGCCUGGACGACAUGGCCUUCUGGUCCACCCGCAUCUACCGCCUCACCAGCCACAUGCUGGCCCACGGGGCCCGGGACUGCAGCCUGCCCGAGAACCCGCUGUUCAUCUCGUGCGGCGGCCCGCGGCCCGGCCCCCGGGGCGGCUCCGUCGCGCAGAAAAGCCCCGUCCAGCGGAACCUGACCUCCCCGCUCAGCCUGCCCGCCGGCAGGCACAUCAACUACACCGCCAGGGGCGCCGUCUUCAGCGCGGACUCCUGGACCUCGGACUCGCUGACCUUCAUGUACCAGGCCCUGGAGAGGAACCUGCGGACGCUCCUCACGGGCAGCUCCCAGCGGCCGCGGAAGCAGAUGUCCAGGCCCUUGGCGUCCUACUUCGUGUCCUGCCCCUACGCCCGGCUGGGCUGGGCGAUGACCUCAGCUGACCUCAACCAGGACGGGCACGGCGACCUGGUGGUGGGCGCCCCGGGCUACAGCCGCCCUGGCCUCGUGCACGUGGGGCGCGUGUACCUCCUUUACGGCAACGACCUGGGCCUGCCCCCCAUCGACCUGGACCUGGACUCCGAGGCCCACGGGGUCCUGGAGGGCUCCCAGCCCGCAGGCCGCUUCGGCUCCGCCCUGGCCGUGCUGGACUUCAACAGGGACGGGCUGCCCGACCUGGCCGUGGGCGCCCCCUCCACCGGCUCGGAGCAGCUCACCUACAAGGGCGCCGUGUACGUGUACUUCGGCUCCAAGAGCGGAAAGCUGUCCCCAGGCCCCGCCGUCUCCGUCUCCUGCCAGGACACGUACUGCAACCUGGGCUGGCGGCUGCUGGCGGCCGACGUGGAUGGGGACGGCGCGCCCGACCUGGUGCUGGGCGCCCCCUUCGCGCCGGGCGGUGGGAAGCAGCGGGGCAUGGUGGCCGCCUUCCGCUCCGGCCCCCGCCGGCGCCACGGAGACAAGCUGACCGUGGAGGCGGCGGACUGGCGGGUGCAGGGCGAGGAGGACUUCGCCUGGCUGGGCUACUCGCUCCACGCCGUCCCCCUGGACAACAGGACGCUGCUGCUGGCUGGGAGCCCCACCUGGAAGAACAGCAGCAGCCUGGGCCGCCGGUUCCGCUCGCAGGACGAGAAGCAGAGCCUGGGCCGCGUGGACGGCUACUUCCCGCCCGGCCGCCAGAGCGCCUUCUCCAUCGCGGGCGACAAGGCGAUGGGGAAGCUGGGCACCUCCCUGUCCAGCGGGCACGUGCUGGUGAACGGGGCGCGGACGCCGGUGCUGCUGGUGGGCGCCCCCACGCACGACGACGUGUCGAAGAUGGCCUUCCUGACCAUGACCUUGCACCAGGGCGGGGCCACCCGCAUGUACCAGCUGGGCCCCGCCCGGCCCGCCCUGCUGGGCUCCUUCAGCGGGGACCGCCGCUUCUGCCGCUUCGGGGGCGCCCUGCACCUGAGCGACCUGGACGGGGACGGCUUAGACGAGGUCCUGGUGGCCGCCCCCCUGCGGAUCGCGGACGUGACCUCGGGGCUCAUCGGCGGCGAGGACGGCCGCGUCUACGUGUACAACGGCAACCGCAGCUUCUCCGGCGACGUGACGGGCAAGUGCAAGGCCUGGACGUCCCCGUGCCCGGAGGAGAAGGCCCAGCACGUCCUUGUGGCCCCGGAGGCGAGCUCGCGCUUCGGGAGCGGCCUGGUCACCGUGCAGUCCCAGGACAAGAACCAAGUGGUCGUGGCUGCGGGAAGGAGCUCUCUGGGAGCCCGACUGGCCGGGGCGCUUCACGUCUACAGCCUGGACGCGGACUAG